CUUGCACAGUACCGAGUCGAUAGACAAACACCAUGACGUCCUCCCUGCCUUCCAAGACCUACGCCGAUCCGGAUUACGAGGCAGCUCAUCGAGAAACGUUUGCCGCCCCCAAGACUAAGAUCCCAGACGUUCUCCCGAUCGGUGUCACCAAGGCCACCUUUGAUGCCGCCAUCAAGGACCUCGUUUCCGCCGUCGGCCUCGCAUCCGUCUUUGUUGGGGAGGCUCUAGCUCAUUAUGUUGACCCCUAUGAUGUCUAUGAAGAUGAUGAGUCGCGGCGCAGGGUUCCAAGUGCGGCCGUGACCCCAGGGUCCUUGGACGAACUGCGGCAGGUCCUCAAGAUAGCCAACAAGCACGAAAUUCCGCUGUGGACGUUCUCCAGGGGAAAGAAUCUGGGUUACGGUGGGCCUGCUCCCGUCGUGCGCGGAUCUAUUGCCUUGGAUCUGCACCGGAUGAACCGCAUUCUCGAAGUCAACGACGAUAUGCACUACGCAGUCGUGGAACCCGGUGUAACGUGGACAGACCUCUACAAUUACUGCGUGGAGAACAAGAAGAAGGUCUGGCCAAGUACGCCCUCGCUAGGAUGGGGCAGUGUCAUCGGAAACACUGUCGAUCGUGGAACAGGGUUUGGGUCAAAUUCGAACCAUCAUCAAUGCGUUGCAGGAUGCGAGGUGAUGCUUGCCGAUGGCGACCUGGUUCGAACUGGGCAGUUUGGCAUUUCCAAUUCCCCUUCAGCAUUCCUGUCCAAAUUUACAUUCGGGCCAUCAAUUGAAGGGCUUUUCUGGCAAAGCAAUCUAGGUAUCGUGACGAAAAUGAGUAUCUGGCUAACCCCACAGCCGUCCGCCUUCAUGUCCUGUGUCUUUAACAUGCCAAAGUUUGAUGAUCUGGAGAUUAUGGUUGAUACCCUCGGUCUCAUGCGCCGUAACGGCGUGAUUCCAAACGUUAUAUGGAUUGGUAAUAUUGUCGAAGCCCUCUGUAUCCGAGGCCGGCGUCGGGACUAUUGGAACGGAGAAGGUCCGAUUCCCGAUUGGCGAGUCAAGCAGCUUCAAGAGGAGUUGAAGUUGGGCUGUUGGACUGCGCGGUUCGGACUCUACGGCCCUCGGCGCAUUGUCCAGGCACACUUUGAUGAAAUAAGUGAAAUCCUCAAGGACAAGGCCCCGACAGGCGAGCUUAUCGGAAAGUUGUUUACUGGAGAUAACGGUGGGCUUCUUGACGCGGCAUCUGUUCCCUUCGAGGAUGGAAAUGUACUGGUCGGAGUCCCAAGUCUCAUAAGCAUCCCCUUAAUGAAGUGGCCUUUGAAGGACGACAAUGUCGGAAAGGCUGCACAUGGGGAUUACGCGCCGAUCAUCCCGUCAUCUGGGAAGAGGCUCCUGGAUUGGAUGCGGCGGGCCAAAACCGUCUUCGAAGCCUCGGGGCUCGAGUUGAUGACGGACUUCUUCAUGCACGAGCGACAUGUUGUUGUAACAGGGAUGUAUAGCUUUGACCAGCACAGCCCGGUGGAGAGAGAGGCAGUGCAUAGGCUGUUCCAUGCCUUACACGAGGAGGCCAAGGAUAAAGGAUACGGCAUGUACCGUGGACAUAUCCAGCACAUGGACUUGAUUGCGGACCUGAACGACUUCAACGACCAUGCCUAUACCAGGUUUGUGGAGACCCUAAAGGAUGCAAUUGAUCCAAAUGGAAUCCUAGCACCCGGGAAGCAAGGUAUAUGGCCGUAUAAAUACCGUCACCUACGAGGAAAGACGGGCAGCGCUGCUCCCAAAGAAAAGCUAUAGCUUCUGGUGGUGGAAAAGUUGUUUUGGUCUCUAGCGUACAAGUGUAUUGCAGUCCACUGAAAAGACAGAAAUACGGACAGUGGGGAACCAUAGAUGGUGAAAGCUUUUGAAAAGGACGACUACUCUCGCGGGGGGUGCCUGUGCUGGAACUAGUGUCCAAGAUAGUUUUCUGUAUCACUUUGGCAGAAUAAACUGGACGGCGUAGUUUACUUAUUCC